GCGGGCGGGCGGGCGGCCGGGUGCCGCUCCGCGGGGCGCCGCGGCGGCUGCCGGGCGGCGGCAGGUGGUGGCCGCGGCAGCGCCCGGGGGCAGCCCGGCGGCUCCGCCGGGACGGGCCCCCUCGGCCGGCGGCUCCCCCCGCGCGGUGCCCGCGGGCCGUCCGGGCGGGUUUGGUGCUCCCGAGCCCCCCCGAGCCCCCGGCCGGCCGCGGGCGCUGAUCGCCGGCGGCUCCGCGCGGAACUCGCAGGCUCCGGAGCAGGAGAACAUGAGUGAGAACUUGAAGGACUGUUUGAUCCAGACCCAGGCUUCCUUAGGGGAGAUGGUGACAAUAAAAACAGAGACCUGCUCUCCACACCGGGACCAGGAGUAUGGACAGCCUUGCUCUGGAAGGCCUGACCCACAGUCCAUGGAGAUGGAACCCAAGAAACUGAAAGGGAAACGGGAUGUAAUCAUGACCAAGAGCUUUCAACAAGUGGAUUUCUGGUUCUGUGAGUCCUGCCAGGAGUACUUUGUGGAUGAGUGUCCAAACCAUGGGCCCCCAGUGUUCGUGUCUGACACCCCAGUGCCCAUUGGCAUUCCCGACCGGGCAGCGCUGACCAUCCCGCCUGGAAUGGAGGUGGUUAAAGAGCCCAGCGGGGAGAACGACGUGCGCUGUAUGAACGAGGUGAUCCCCAAAGGUCACAUCUUUGGGCCGUAUGAGGGGCAGAUCUCUAGCCAGGACAGGUCUGCAGGAUUCUUCUCGUGGCUGAUCGUUGAUAAGAACAACCGCUACAAAUCCAUUGAUGGGACAGAUGAAACCAAAGCAAACUGGAUGAGGUACGUCAUCAUCUCCCGGGAGGAGAGGGAGCAGAACCUGAUGGCCUUUCAGCACAGCGAGAGGAUUUACUUCCGUGCCUGCCGUGACAUCCACCCUGGGGAGAAGCUGCGGGUCUGGUACAGUGAGGAUUACAUGAACCGGCUGCAUAGCAUGUCCCAGGAAACCAUCAACAGAAAUUUCACAAGUGGAGACAAAAUGUUACAGAACGAAAAGUCAGAAAAGAAUGUAGAAAAUCAAGAGGAUGCAAGGGCAGCACUCCAGUUCACUACCUUAAAGCAGGGGAAGAGCCCCUACAAGCGCAGCUGUGACGAGGGGGAAUCCCACCCCCAAACAAAGAAAAAAAAAAUUGACCUCAUCUUCAAAGAUGUCCUGGAGGCUUCCUUGGAAUCUGCCAAGUUUGAAGAGAACCAGUUAGCAACAAGUACACCACUUUCCCUCAGAAGAGCAUCUAAAUACCAGGCUGAAGACAUCUUUGAGCAGUGUGGCAGUGCCAUGCAGCACGGCUCCCUGAGCCUCAGCAGAAACCAGAGUGAGAGGGAAUGGAAGGUCUCUCACAGUUCCUCUUUCAUCUCAGCCAAGGAGAUGAGCAUCCUUGAAGAUGAGGAAGACGAGCCCCUGUCACUUAAAGCAGACAGCCCAACUGAGCUGUCACUGGCCUCUGCACAAGGCAACUCCCAUGAAAUACCCACUACAUCCUUCUGCCCCAACUGCAUCCGGCUGAAGAAGAAAAUCCGGGAGCUGCAGGCUGAGUUAGACAUGCUGAGAUCUGGGAAGUUACCCGAGGCACCUGUGUUACCGCCCCAGGUACCCGAGCUCCAAGAGUUCUCAGACCCCACAGCUUCAGAAAGCAUCAUCUCAGUUCCCACCAUCAUGGAGGACGAUGACCAAGAGGUGGAUUCUGCUGAUGAGUCAGUUUCCAAUGACAUGAUUGCUGCUACAGAUGAGCCUUCCAAGAUGUCUUCUGCGACGGGUCGGAGGAUACGGCGGUUCAAGCAAGAGUGGCUUAAAAAGUUUUGGUUUUUGAGGUACUCCCCGACACUGAAUGAGAUGUGGUGCCAUGUCUGUAGGCAGUACACAGUGCAAUCUUCUCGGACUUCAGCCUUCAUCAUUGGCUCUAAGCAGUUCAAGAUACACACAAUAAAGCUUCACAGCCAGAGCAACCUCCACAAGAAGUGCCUGCAGCUUUACAAGCUCAGGAUGCACCCAGAGAAGACAGAAGAGAUGUGCCGAAAUAUGACCCUGCUCUUCAAUACAGCCUACCACCUGGCCCUGGAGGGCAGGCCCUACUACGACUUUCGGCCUCUGGCAGAACUGCUGAGAAAGUGUGAACUCAAGGUGGUGGAUCAGUACAUGAAUGAAGGAGACUGCCAGAUCUUAAUUCACCAUAUCGCCCGGGCUCUCCGAGAGGACCUGGUUGAGCGCAUCCGGCAGUCGCCCUUCCUCAGCAUCAUUCUGGAUGGGCAGAGCGACGACUUGCUUGCAGAUACAGUUGCGGUCUAUGUGCAGUACACGAGCAGCGAUGGGCCUCCAGCAACUGAAUUCCUGUCUCUUCAGGAACUCGGUUUUUCUACAACAGACAGUUACCUCCAAGCAUUAGACCGGGCUUUUUCCAGCCUGGGAAUACGAUUGCAGGAUGAGAAGCCAACUAUUGGCUUGGGAGUUGAUGGUGCUAACAUUACCGCCAGCCUGAGAGCCAACUUGUUUAUGACAAUCAGAAAGACCUUGCCCUGGCUUCUCUGCCUUCCCUUUAUGGUGCAUAGGCCCCACUUGGAAAUUUUGGAUGCCAUUAGUGGGAAGGAGCUACCAUGUCUGGAGGAGCUAGAAAACAAUUUGAAGCAACUGCUCAGUUUCUAUCGUUAUUCUCCCCGACUCAUGUGCGAGUUAAGGGUCACUGCUGCCACUCUGUGUGAGGAGACCGAGUUCCUGGGGGACAUUCGAGCAGUGAAGUGGAUCAUUGGGGAGCAGAACGUGCUCAAUGCUCUCAUCAAGGAUUACCUUGAGGUUGUGGCCCAUCUCAAAGAUGUCAGUGGCCAGACCCAAAGGGCAGAUGCUUCUGCCAUUGCCUUGGCCCUCCUGCAGUUCCUGAUGGACUACCAGUCGAUUAAACUCAUCUACUUCCUGCUGGAUGUGAUUGCUGUUCUUUCACGCCUUGCCUACGUCUUCCAAGGGGAGUACCUUCUUGUGUCGCAGGUGGAUGAUAAAAUAGAGGAGGCCAUCCAGGAGAUCAGCCGGCUAGCAGACUCCCCUGGGGAGUACUUGCAGGAGUUUGAGGAAAACUUCCGUGAAAGCUUUAAUGGCAUUGCUGUGAAAAAUCUACGGGUGGCUGAAGCCAAAUUCCAGUCGAUCAGAGAAAAGAUCUGCCAGAAGACCCAGGUGAUCCUAGCCCAAAGGUUCGAUUCCCGCAGCCGGACAUUUGUUAAGGCCUGUCAGGUAUUUGACCUUGCAGCUUGGCCCAGAAGCACUGAUGAGCUCAUGAGCUAUGGGAAGGAGGAUAUGGUACAAAUAUUUGAACACCUGGAGACAGUCCCAUCAUUUUCCAGAGAGGUUUGCAGAGAGGGGAUGGACACCCGAGGGAGUCUGCUGAUGGAGUGGCGAGAACUCAAGGUGGAUUAUUAUACCAAAAAUGGUUUUAAAGACUUGCUCAGUCACAUUUGUAAAUACAAGCAGAGAUUCCCCCUCCUAAAUAAAAUAGUUCAGAUCCUCAAAGUCCUUCCCACCUCUUCGGCCUGCUGUGAGAAGGGGCGCACCGCCCUGCAGAGAGUGCGCAAGAACAACCGCUCCCGGCUCACGCUGGAGCAGCUCAGUGACCUGUUGACGAUCGCUGUUAACGGGCCGCCCAUUGCCAACUUCGAUUGCAAAAGGGCACUCGAUAGCUGGUUCGAGGAGAAGUCAGGCAAUAGUUACGCGCUCUCCGCCGAAAUGCUGAGCAGGAUGUCCUCUCUUGACCAGAAGCCGAUGUUGCAGAGCGUGGACCAUGGCUCUGAGUUUUACCCUGAUAUUUAGGAAGGAAUGCCUCAGAUCAGAUAAUUUUUUUAAUCUAUACUCUAAACUUUGAUAUAUUAUAUAAAAUAUAUAUAUUAUCUAUAUUAAGGAAAAACCCACACUGAAAAUUUUAAAGUUAAGACGAUGUGCGUCUAAUAGAAGCUAAGCAGAAUUUUAAAGAUUGAGACAAUGUUUAGACAUUUACUGGUGUCUCCAACCAUGGCAGCUGCAAUGUAGGUGGCAACAUUUCAUUCUUUAGAAGCAUGUGCUGGGGCCAUACUCUACAUGUUCAAACCUAACAACCUAUAAGCUAGACAACGGGUCUUUGUCAGCCUAUCCUCCAGCGGUUUCCUUUGUAUGUGUGUUGUCAGUUUUCUGGGGUUUUUUUUUGUUGUUGUUAUGGGUUUGUUUGUUUGUUUGUUUGUUUGUUUUCCCCUCAGUUUCAAUCUCUGCCUCUCUUUCCAUUGUUCAGCCCAGUUAUUGAGCCAUUUGAGCCUUUUGUUGGCAACCAUCAGAUUUCUGAUUUCCGACAGAGCAUCCCGUGUGUUUAUGUUGCCCCCAGCUCCACCCAGUUCUCUUCAGUUGAGUGGAAGGUUUCUUCACUCAAAAGAUUACUGACAGGAGAGAAGGGCUGGGGGCAUGAUUUUGGGGUUUUCUUCUGAUUUAGAAACCAAUGCCUCCACUAAACUGUGAUGCCCCUUUCUCAGUUCUCCCUACAGUUGGGCUGUAGAGUAAUACUUGGCUUUCAGCUCCUUUUAUGAUAACCGUAGUACCAGUCUAUCAUAUGUAUGUUAUAACAUGAUGUCAUGUGCAGACUAUAAAAUAGCAAAAUAGAGAAGGCAGGGGGAAAUUUUUGCAUUUAUAUUUUUAUAUUGUAUGAGAUAAAUAUAUAUAUAUAUAUACAACUAUUCAUUCAAAACCAGGGCUGCUGUGGAAGCUAGACAGCCAAUGAGUCGAGAGCCACCUCUGGGCAGAGAUUCAAAGGCUUAAAAAAAUUAUAUUCUAAUUUACAUUAUUUAUACUAUGUCUCUAUAAUCCUAGAUUGUUGUGGGGUUUUUGUUUUGUUUUGUUUUGUUUUGGUUUGUUUGGAAUGACUGAAAGAAAAACCUGCUGCAGUUUGGUGGCAGGAGCUAUCAAUGCAAGAUUAUCUUGGAUUAUAUUCAUGUGUGAUGUCCUACAAAGGUUCACUUAUUCUCUUGUGACCAAGGUAACAUGUUCCACAGCACAGCAGACUGAUGACAGCAGGAAGAAGGGAUGCUCUGCUUCUUCCUGCAAAAUAUUUCUUCCUUUCUUGAAGGAAUGCAGAGUCCAGCUGAUAUGUGAGUGGGGGACUUGCACCUUCCAUCACAAAGAGAUUGUUUUGUGGGCCUGGGGCUCUUUUUUGUUUUAUUCUUUUAAAGUAAAAAAGCUCCAGGCAUCCACACAAUAUCACUUCAGGUUAGAAAAGAGCAAAAAAAAAAAAAAAACCACAAAAAAAUCCCCAACUAACCAAAAAAAACACCACACAAACAAAAAAGGUGCAAGAACUCCACAGAUGCUAGUGCCUUGCUCUGCUGAUGUGGCAUGGACAGCACCAACCUGACCAGAUCAUCAUAGGAGUGAGACAUGUUGUCCAAAAGGUGUCCAAGCCAACAUGUUCUCACUUCUGAGAGUGAUGAGCUUUGUGCCAAGCUGUGUUGUUUGGAAACAUGAUGGUGGUAUCAGCAACACUGAACCUUUCCUUUCUCCUGUUACCCCCCUGCCCUUGGUCUUGGUGCUAAGAUAUCUCUAGAACCGUUGCUGCUAGUUGAUAGCUUUUCAUUUAUAUAAAUAUAUAUAUAUAUAUAUAUAAUAUUAUUUUAUUUUUUAAACUUUUUUGUUUGUUUUCAAUGGAGAUGUAGCAUGUUUGGAACCGAUCUCUCUCUGAGUCACUUUCACUGCCAGGGUUCACGCACUGUCUUCCCCGGAAAAACACACACUUCUACCUAGGUUUCACUCACCACCUGCUAACCCCUUUGCCUUCAGUAGAACUUCAUAGCCAGCACUGGCAGAGGUGUGCAGCCAAGCCACUAUGGACUGGUUGAGCUUUCAGGUCCCACAGGAACAGCUAGGCUGGUGUUGGUCAGGAUUUUGGAAGUGUUUGCCUCUGUCCCUGUGGGACUGAGGAGGGACUGAGCCCACCCAAAGCACGAGUGGUGGCCUGUCCUUGUAUCCUGACGCUGCCCCUUGGCUGUAAAGCGGGGCCUUUCAGUCAGAUGGUCCGAGCGGAGCAGAGUGGACUUUGUGAAUGUAGCAGUGAGGGCUGGCCAGGCCAGCCAGUGAGGGCUGGUCAGCACCUUCUGUAGCACUUACCCCUCGCCUUACCUCUGACAGCACGUGCAGCUGAGGCUGGCUCGGGCAGGAGAGGGCACCUGCACCAGGGCCACCCCCCUGCUGCCAAACUGCCCCCAGGGGUGCAGGCGCUGGAUGCUCUUCCUAGUGGUCCUCAUAGAAAUGUCACAAGCUAGGUCAGGGCAUCACACAGUUGCAACACAGAGGCAUUAGUGUGACACACCUAGCAAGCAUGAGAAAUGGCUUUGUUUUCAUGUUUUCCUGUAUUUUCUUAUAAAUGAUGUGAUCAAAUUGAUCCAUUCAUCCAGAGGAGUAAAAAUUAAACUGGAAGCCCUCUGCCAGCUUCGGGUGAUUGUUUGCCUGACCAUAAAGUAGCGACCUCUCUACACAAGGUGCUUAUAGCUCUGCAAGUGUGGUGAAUUGGCUCUGCUCAGGGUGCUGCCACAAAGCUCUGGAGCUGCUGCCUUUUUAAAACUGAGUAGAUGUAGAAAGAUAAAAAAGAUAGAAAAACUGCUGCUCCGUUAGUUUCUGACUAGAGAUGGGCAAGGUGAGCGUAGAUCAUAGAAUCCAUAAAACUCCAUAGCUCUUUGUGGGUGGAGAGGAAAAAUCACCUGCCUUUUUGUUUGCAGCAGCAAAAGCUCCUUGGCACAGAGGCCCAUCAAAGUGCCUGGCCCAGAUGGAGGGAAGGAACAUUUGGGGACAGUCUCCAAACACCUUUGGAGAGAGAAAUGCUCUCCCAGGGCUUGUGCUGAGCAGCCCAAGAGGCCUGUUUACAACUCCUGAUCCAAACCUCCUAACUUUUGCCACUGGGGAGGAAAUGGUAAGGCAAGAGUUGCCAGAGGCCUGUUCAGAAAUUAUUCUUCCAAUUUGUCACUCCUCCCCUUUGGUUCACUUGCAAAUCCUGCUUUCAUCAGUGACACUUUUCACCGGCAGCUCUUAUUUGCAGUGGUGCAGUGAAAUGUGCAGCAUGUGGUGAUUUUCUCUGGCAGCCAGCUGACAUAAGCAGAGCACUUGUUCCUUUAGCAAAUAACUUUGCUUGCAAACCAUGAUGCCCUGCCACUGGAUGUUGUGGAUACCUGUGAUGGGAAAGGUCAGAGACCCCUUACAUUAAUGAUGGGGAAUAGACAAGAGCUUGGCAGAGCUGCUGGCCCAGCCCAACCAUCCCAGCUCCUCCAACACAAUUCCCUGUUACCCACACAUCAGAAAAUAAACCUGGCCUUUGUCCUAUGCUUUGCAAGCUUUCCCUCCAGGUUAACCUGCCUAUAUCAGAUCUGUAGCUCUUACUUUCAUUGAUAAUCUGGAUGGAAACAUAACUACCAGCAUAGACAAGAUAGGGAGGAGGGAGGAAUGUUAAUGCAAAGCAGCUCCAGCUUCCCAGGGCUCCCAAGCCUCUCCCAGAAGGAGGUGCAUUUCUGUGCCCUGUUUGUCUGGACCCAGCCUCGUGGCAGUGAGGCCAGGAGGCAGCAGCAGGCAUGGGGAGGGCUUAGCCGGGUGCUGAGGGAGGCCUCCACAGCUCCAAGAUUGCCAUGCAUGAGGUUUAAUCAAUGCUUUCCUGCUGUGCUGAGAGAGCGAGAGGAGUUGUUUUGAACGUGUUGCUCACAGCCUCUUCAACUGGCUAGGCUGCAAAGACAGAGGGUGCAGUUUUUCUUGAAUGAGCUCUUUAUUGUCUCCCUCCCCUGCAUCUUAGCUAUGGCAUCUGACUGUGAAUAAUGCGCACUUCUCCACACCCUCGGGUUUGUAUUUCUAGCCUGUGGGAUUUUUGGUUGCCAAUUUCCCUUCCCCACUUUUUGCUCAGGCUCCUUGCCUCUUUUACCCUGCUGUGAAGCAGAAAUCUGUGAAGCACAUUUAGACAUGUCCUUCUGCAGGGCUCACCCGUGUCCACAGGGUUCUGGGCCCUGCAGCCACGAGACCGACCUCAGCAGGGAUAAUCCUCACAAGAGACCAAAGCUCUUCCCGUACCAGCAGAAGCACGCAGAGGUUACGGGGGCUGUGAAGGGACAGGGUAGGCAGGGUCCCCAUGUGGUGUCUGCCUUGGGUCUUGAGCUAACUGCAGCAAUGUCCCCCGUGCUGGUCACGCUUUUGCUGGUAUGACUGUUCAGGCAUGAUUCAGGAUCGGUCCAUCUCUUCCUCACAGCACAAGCUCAACCAGAUGGCCCACAGGGUCUUUGGAGUCCCCCUCCUUUUUUAUCUCAUGAG